AUGGCGGUAGCGGGGAGGGAGUCGCGCUUUAUGCCGACGGUGAAGUACACGUCUGCAGCCAGUACGCAUUCCCGGAUAGCACGACCAAUUUGUUGGAAUCCUACUAACCAUGUCCUAGACCGCGAGUACAUGGGCCAAACCCAACUCACGCCCAUCAGCCAAGAGAGCGGUUCCCAGAGUAGCAUAUCGCCGCUAACCCCCGGGGCACCGCCGGAUACCGACAAGUCGGAGCAGUUCUUUACGCCGCGGAUCGCAAACAACUCGCCCCCACGGGCUCUUCGACCAGGCGGUUACGGCGGACUCGACGACACUGUUGGGGACGAAGACUCGACAUUUGGGGCGGACUCUCCGAGGAAGCAGGGCCUAAAUCCGAUGGACCGCAUGAAUAACAUUGGAAGCCCCUUCGAUCAACCCGACCGCCGCCCUUCGACGGCCAACAGUGAACGCCCCGGCACUUCGGCCUCUAACAUUAGCAGAACAUCAGGAAGCGGGAGAAUGCCGAUGCCACAAAGGCCAAAUGGGUACGGCGGUUUCGGACCCCCACCUAAGCCAUCAUCAGAACACGGCCUGGAGCCGCCUUUCACGCCGAGUAGGUCCGACACCUUUCCUCGCCCAAGCGACCGAUUUGCGCCCCCAUCGCGUUCGCCUUCCGCCCCUCUCUCAGCGUCGACGCUGCGUCCGAAUCAAUUGCAGCCCCCACUGGAUUCCCCUGGAAGGAACCCGAUGGUGAGUCCCAGAAGGCCUAGCAGAGGAGGGCCCGAUACGUCUCGGCCGCCGCCACCCCGAACGAGCGCGAUUCGACCGGUGACUCCUGGUCUACCGACCAUCAACCUAGCCGAGGAAUUCGGAAUUGGGAACCCGUACCAUAACCCGUCAGAUUCGACGUCCUCUACGAACUCCUCAGAGGACAGCACUCAGCCGCAACGUCGGCCGAGCCUGGCCAGUCAAGCCAGCUCAAGGACUAGCCCGUCUCGGUCCUUGACCUCUCGAUCAGGAAAGAGUCCAUCCGAUACGUCGAGUAUCGAUAACUUAAUGACGGAUAUACAAUCGUCGAUGAAGGAGCCCAGGCCAAAGCCCAAAGUAACACCCUUGAAACUACCAGCCAGGGAUCCGAGGGACAUGGGCCGCCCGUCUCCGCUCAGUGCUCGACCCCCCCGGUCCGCAGACCGGGGCUACGACCCGCGUAUCGACCCCGCAGUCCAGAACCCGAGACUUGCUCCGGCGCGGUCCCCUCUUCCUUCGUCAAUGCCGAACAGCUCACUUGAAGAGGGCCCGAGCCUCGCUUCGCCAAUCGACAGCCUCUCUCCGAACGCCGCGACGGCCACAUCCCCCCAAUGGCCCGGAUCGCUUUCUCCUGAGCGAUCUGAGGGGUUGGGUGACAGACGACCUUCGCAAGCACACCAGCCGUUAAGUCCCCCGUCGUUUCUCCGACCACCUCAGCCGCGACCACCGCAGCAGCCACCGCAACAACCUCCGCAGCAACGAGAUCCUCCCAAACCCACACGUUCGCUCUCGGAAGCUGGUCUAGGUGAACCGGCUGCUGCGUCGGCUCGCGGGAACUGCAAGGCUUGUGGUCUCGCCAUCAAAGGAAAGUCCAUCUCUAGUGCCGAUGGCCGUCUGACGGGGCGUUAUCACAAACCGUGCUUUGUCUGCUCGACUUGCCAGGAGCCUUUCACGUCGUCCACAUUCUACGUGCACGAAGACCGGCCGUACUGCGAACUGCAUUACCACAAGCUUAACGGCAGCCUCUGUGGCAGCUGCGGCCGCGGUAUCGAGGGACAAUAUCUCGAGGAUGCUGAUGCGGUAAAGCACCACGUCGGCUGCUUCAAGUGCGGCGAUUGUGGCAUGGCGUUGAAGGGCGGAUAUUUUGAAGUGAAUGGCAAGGCGUACUGCGAAAGGGACGCUUGGAGACUUGCUGGCGGUGGUGGACCGCCUGGUCCACCUGGCCCGCCCGGCCCACCUGGGAGGAUGGGUUUUCGUCCGCCUCGUGGGGGUUUGCCCGGUGGGCCGAGAGGAGGGAUGAUGGGGGGCGGGUAUAACCCGAGCAGGCUCGGCCCCAUGGGGCAGCGGCCGAAGAUGGAGAAGAGGAUGACGAGACUGGGGAUGAUGUGA